AUGAUAACUUCAUUGGAUAUAGUACACGAACUACUAACUACCAUAUAUUACAAAAUAUUUUCUAGAAAAAGAAAUGAAAUUGUUAAAUAUGAUAUUUUGCUAUUUAUAGAUGACUUCUACUAUUUUGACAUUUUAAACCAAAUAAGCCGAGAUAUAAAUGAGUUAGAUAAUAAAUGUGAAAUAAUUGAAAACAAGGAUUUUAAUGAAAUAUUUACAAACUUUUGUAAAAAUAGAAAUUAUAUUAUAAAUAAUAAAAUAUAUUUCAGUGAUAAUGAAAAGAGAAUAGAUUUUCUUCAUGAAAUUUGUUCAGAUUUGCUAUGUCUUAUAUAUGAAAAUAGCAAAAAUGGCAAAAGUAGCAAAUAUAACAAAAAUAGAAAUAUAUCAAAAUGUUUGAAUAAUAAAUGUAAAGAAAGUAAAAAUUUGGAAAAAAUAAAUAAAAAUUUAAUAGAAAUAUCGAAUCUAACUAAUUACCCAAAUAAUUCAAUCAAUUAUAUGAAUAAAAAUGAUAUUAAAAAUAUUUUAGAUUCCAAAAAAAUCAAAUUUAAGAAUAACGACAUAAUAAUAACGGAGAAAAUAAAUCAAGAAAAAGAAAAUUUAUUAACAAAAGCAAUAGAAAAAUAUAAUAGUGAAUAUGAAUUAAGAUAUUAUUAUUUAUUUUUAAAUAAUAUGCUAACAAUACAAACAAUGUUUACAUCACCUCUUGUUAAUAUAUAUUCAAAAGAAAUUCAAAAUAUAAUUAAAAAAAUAAUUGAAGUUAAAAAUAAUAUAUAUAUACCUAUAACUAUUUAUGAUAUUUUAUCAUUUCAAUAUGAGCAAAUUAUAUUUAAUAAAAGUUCGUAUAAUAAUUUAACUACUCCCGUAAAAAAAAUUAAAAUAGUAGAUGAUGUUAUUGAAAGGGGAGGAAUUCCCACAGAGUACUCUAAAAAGGAAAUUACGAAAAAUCUUAUUAAUGCAAAUAUGGCAUUAAAAGAUAAAUCUAGUAAAUCAAGAAAACAAAAUGAGAGUGGUUUUUCUAAUAAAUAUCGAGUUAAUAAUUAUUAUAAUUCACGUCGUUAUUAA